GGACGGUCAGACACCGGGGAGCUCAGCUCACCGCGAGCGCGUGAGGGAUGAAUGAACUUUAAAUCUGCCUCACAACUUUCACCGCGCCUCUCCGACCGUCAGCCUCAUCCUUCCUCCUCUCUCUCCCUCUGUCUCCCUCCUCCGCUUCUGAUCAGGAGAGGGGAAAAAAGCAACCCAGAGAAAUAUCUCCUCUACAAUCAUGGAUUUACUGCGAUUAGGAUCCGGCUGUGACUGAUCGGAGCUCUCCUCUCCUGUCCUCUUCUGUCUCUGCGGAUGCUCACGAGCAUCGUGAGUCGAGAUGAUGGCAUCGAUAGGGGAAUUCGACCCUCUCAACACCAGAGUCCCCGCAACUAAAAUAGAAGUUACUGUUUCAUGCAGGAGCCUGCUGGACGUGGACACCUUCUCCAAGUCAGAUCCUGUGGUUGUGUUAUAUGUGCAGGCUGUGGGAACCAAAGAGUGGAGAGAGUUUGGCAGGACAGAGGUCAUCGAUAACACUCGUAAUCCAGACUUUGUGCGGAAAUUUGUCCUGGAUUUCUUCUUUGAGGAGAAACAGAAUUUACGGUUUGAUGUGUACAAUGUGGACUCCAGAAGCUGUAACAUAUCCAAACACAAGGACUUUCUGGGCCAGACCUUCUGUACUCUUGGAGAGAUAAUUGGCUCUGCAGGAGGACGGCUGGAGAGGACCCUCUCUGGGAUUCCGGGGAAGAAGUGUGGAGUCAUAAUCUUGACUGCUGAGGAACUCAGUAACUGCAGGGAUAUUGCAACAAUGCAGUUGUGUGCCAACAAACUGGAUAAGAAAGACUUCUUUGGGAAGUCCGACCCUUUCCUGGUUUUCUACCGGAGUAACGAGGAUGGAACAUUUACCAUCUGCCACAAGACAGAGGUGAUCAAGAACACGCUGAACCCGGUGUGGCAGUCCUUCACCAUCCCUGUACGAGCUCUCUGCAACGGCGACUACGACAGGACGGUGAAAGUAGACGUCUAUGAUUGGGAUCGAGAUGGAAGCCACGACUUCAUAGGAGAGUUCACCACCAGCUACAGAGAGCUGUCUCGAGGGCAGAAUCAGUUCAAUGUCUAUGAGGUUUUAAAUCCCAAGAAGAAAGGCAAAAAGAAAAAAUACAUCAAUUCUGGGACUGUAACUUUGCUGUCCUUCAAAGUGGAGUCGGAGUAUACCUUUGUGGAUUUUAUCCGAGGAGGGACACAACUGAAUUUCACAGUGGCCAUUGACUUCACAGCAUCAAACGGGAACCCAUCCCAGCCCACUUCCCUCCACUACAUGAGCCCCUACCAGAUGAAUGCAUAUGCCAUGGCCCUGAAGGCAGUGGGGGAGAUUAUCCAGGACUACGACAGUGACAAGCUCUUUCCUGCCUACGGCUUCGGAGCUAAGCUGCCCCCCGAUGGCAAAAUCUCCCACGCGUUCCCUCUGAAUGGCGAUGGCGAGCAUCCGAAUUGUGUCGGUAUAGAAGGCGUUCUGGAGGCCUACUUCCAGAGCUUGAGAACGGUGCAGCUCUAUGGACCCACCAACUUUGCACCCGUCAUCAACAAAGUAGCAAACUGUGCAUCAGAGAUUACAGAUGGCUCUCAGUACUUUGUCCUGUUGAUGAUCACCGAUGGAGUGAUAUCUGACAUGGUCCAAACCAAAGAGGCUGUGGUCAAUGCAGCAUCACUCCCUAUGUCCGUCAUCAUCGUUGGUGUUGGCCCUGCUGAGUUUGAUGCGAUGGAAGAGCUGGAUGGAGACGAAGUGAGAGUUUCCUCCAGAGGACGUCUCGCUGAGAGAGACAUUGUUCAGUUUGUGCCGUUCAGAGACUACAUAGACAGAUCUGGGAACCAGGUCCUCAGCAUGGCCCGUCUGGCUAAAGACGUCCUCGCCGAGAUCCCCGACCAACUGCUGUCAUUUAUGAAAAGCAGAGGAAUUGAACCGCGACCGUCCAUGUCCUCCUCCCCGCUGCACCGGCACAUCUGACCCCUGACAUUUAUGACUAUUUCUCUAUCCGUCUCCUUCUUUCUCCCCUCCUUACACUAAUCUUUGCUUGUCUCACUUACCAUUAUUUGUCACUUUAAGAGAGUGAAAAGAUCAGCCUGCUGCUUGCCCUUCGUUCUCUCUCAUCACCGGUGAGGCUAAACAGACACGUCCGAUCUCCACAGCGGGCGACCGUCCCCGAUUCGCCUGCUGCUGCUUCUGUAGCAUCUCUUCUUUUGCUCUUGGCUGUACUAAAGGUGUUGAACGGCCCUUAAUCAAGCCCUGUACCCUGAUGUUGGAACUUUCUGACAUGACUUUUUAAAUCUGCCUUCUAAUUCUCAACAGGUUUUCACCAGAGACGCUUUACACUAAAAGGUCUUCACAAUUAUUCUCAGCUAGUUUUGACAUUUGCCACAUUUUGUCCAAUUAUGCCCAUAAUCCAGAGUUUAACCGAAGCUAAAUUAAUUGAAAGACAUCAAUGAGCAAUAAGGCACCAGCCUCUGGUGUGUUUUGUCACCUUUUUUUAUCCAAUUAAACCGUUCGCUUGAAGCUGGCAGGUUCAGCGUUAGAGAAUCAGGUCACAUGUUAUCGGUGGUAGAGACCCAGACACACACAUACACACUUCCGUCUGCAGCCACGCCACACCCACCCUCUCUGUGCCCAGCGUGGGGGACGAUGCUGGGUGCAGAUCUCCCCCACCACACCCCACUGUUAGAGAAAUGCCAGUCUCUCCAGCUGCCCUGCAGAGAGGAGGAGGGAGGGGAGGAAGGAAAAGAGGCAGGGGGAGGGAGCAAAGGGAAGAAGGGAGGGGCAGGGGCAGAAAAAGAAGCAGCGCUGCUCAAGGACAUGAGGAGAAAAUAAUGCAUCAAGAGAUUAGUUUUGUUGUGCGAGGAGGCAGAGGAAGCAAAUAGCAAGAAAGGCUGGACAGUACCGUUAUCUUUAGAUUAGUUUAAUAAGUCUCUGUAUGCAUAUUUUUUGUGUAAAUGAAUUUUAAUGAGGGAUAAAUGCACAUUUUAUGAAAGGCAAUAUCAGUGACUCCCAGUGUAACUCGGCCCUAUGCAUGCCCCUUCCUCUCCCCCGUCCCAGGCCAACUGCAGCCGUGUGCAAAGUGGGAAAAGGCUGCCACCUAGUGUUUACCCUUUGUAUAACUAGGUAUCUUGAUUAUGCAUGACUACUGUACAUUGCUAUACUACCCCAAACGGUACAUGUGCAUGACCACAUUCAGACGUUACAUUUGGUAUCCUGACAUAGAUGAUUCAGAACUGCAUCAGAUCAAAAGGCCCAGAGACUUUUGUGGAAAUGGCGUCACGUUUCCAGUAAAUGUCACUUGUUGGUUAAAAAGAGUGUUUCAUGUGCCGUGUAUACGUAUUUGAACCUUUUCUGAUAUUUUCUGCAUGUUGCGGAAUAAAUGCAUUAAAAUGUUUCUGUAGAUAUUUUGCUCCUCUUAAGAGAUAAAAAUGUAUCAACAUGCAUUUUCUUUCCUUUUAUUCACCUUAACUUUUCAUUUGUGGAUUUCAGCUCAUCUGCGAUGGGUCUUGCAGAAACCUGAGGUUUGAUGUGUAUUUUUGAUUUUCUGAAAAGGGUCAUUAGACUGAAAUGAGAGGUUUCCGCAAAACACAAACAGAAUCAGGACGUUUUCUGAGGACGAUUGAAACCCUGCCGUGAUUUCUGUCUCACGUUUGACUGCAGAAGCGUGAAAAAUGAGGAUGUUUAUUGUAAAUAGCUCACACUGUGUGUAAUAAAAUGUCUUUAUAACUCGUUUGCUUGAAGUAGAAAAGCCUUUUACAUCCGUGUUUCAGCUGAACAUCGUUACUGAAUGUUGAAGUUUUGACGAAUGUCCGAUAAAAAGAAUGUAGAAGUUAGACAAAAACUUUAAUGUUUUCACUUAUAUCUUUCUGUGUUUUGAUAUGAGGUCCAAUUAUAUCUGUGUGUUCUGAGGCUUUCUGGAGUUAAUUAAGUCAUCAAACAGAAAAAGAAUUUUCUUUCAUUUACUGUAGAUUCGAGCCUCACAUAUGAAUAAGAAGCCUGGUGACACGUUUGGCUCAUAACGGACUUUAACCUCCCCCCCGGGCCUUUCACCGCACUCUUGUGCAGCUGCUUCACCAUUUGUCAAAAAGAAAUCCUGUAUCUAACAGUGAGUUGUGAUCUAAUUAGAAGUCUUUACAUCUUGUCUGUAUAACUAGAGAACUUCCAUAUUUUCAUUUUUUAUGAACAAGUUGUGACGUUAUCCAUCUGUCAAAGCCAGACUUAACUAUGCCUCCUCAGUAGAAGAAAAGCUGCACCAUCUGCCAGUGUAACACCGCUGCUACAAAGUAGAAAUAAAAUGUCAUUUCUUUGCA